UUUCUCUCCCCUUCUUCAGUGACCACCGAGUCCAGUCAGUGCUGCCCAUGUACACAUGGAGUAGAAUCAUCCCCUGGAUAGUCAACACACCAAGGACCACACUCCCGAAGAAAACCGACUUUCCCUCUCCUGGCAGUCAUCAACUGUCCAUAGCUCCUCAGCUGGAGGGGGAGGCUCGUGUGACCCUCCCCUAUUCAUGCUGGAAUGUUAGGGAGACUAUUGGAGUAUGAACCUGACUUGUUUUCAACAUUGAACUUUGUGGUCUAGGAAGUGUCCUGUACUGCACACACUGCACCAUCUGACUGCAGGGUCACAGUCUACACUUAGUCCCCCUCCUCUUCUUAUUCUUUAGGGAUGGAGUUCAAUAUUUAGCUCAGGCACCUAAACCCCAAAUCUUCCUGCCUCAAUCUCAGGGUUACAGGGAUUACAGUCGUGAACAGUGAACUAUUUCUCAAUUGGUUUCUUGAGAUAUAAAAUGAAACUAUAAAUCAAUUUACAUUGACAACCUGGGCGCUUAACAAGCCAUAUCCUGGGCUGUCCUGACCCCGUGUUUGUCCCUUUCUGUGUUAAGCAGAUAUUCGCCUCCUGCUUCUUUUCCCCCAUCUGCUAAACACGCCCCGCCCCCCUCCUCCCCUGCUCUCCAGAAACAGUUACUUUCGUUUUGUGUCUUCUGGAUUCUGGAUGCUGAUUUCUUAUCCUCCUGCACUGGUGUGGGCCUGACUCCUGGCACCCUGCAGAUGGCCCAGAUCUCUGGAAGCUCGCCCUGAGCUGGGGUGCACCAAUCCCAGGGCCCCAUAGGGCCCCUCCCACCACGGCGCCCCUCCCCCACCCCCAUGUCCUCUGCCUGGCAGGCUACUUCCCUUCCUCUUUGGGAGCCGCCCAGGUCUCUGCCCCAGAAGGAGGGCAGCAAAGGUGGCCCAGAAGCAGAGGCUCCAGGACGCUGAGGGGCAGAAGCCAGAGCCUCAGGGGGAAGUUGCAGCUCUCCUCCUGUCCUGUGCACAAGCAGACUGGGCCCCUGCAUCUGACCCUGAGGGUAUGGUGUCCACAGCGGCGGGCUGAGGAUGUACAACCUCUGAUCUCCAAAUGUGUGAAGGAAGGAAGAACCUCUGGAGAUGUCUUCCAAUAAUGACCCUGUUGCAAUCCCGAUGAUAGAAAAAAAUCCCAAUGACCUUCCUGGAAUGGACACCAGUGACCCAGACACAUUGACUGGAGAGGCUGUGUUGAGUUUUCAUAACAUCAGCUAUCGAGAGACAGUGCAGAGCAGCUUUCCAUUUUGUAAAAAAACAGAGGAGAAAGAAACACUAUCAAAUAUCAAUGGGAUCAUGAGACCUGGCCUCAAUGCCAUCAUGGGAACUGAUCGGAGCAGAUCUUGGUUAUUGGAUGUCUUAGCUGCAAGGAAAGAUCCACGUGGAUUAUCAGGAGAUAUUUUGAUAAAUGGGAAACCUCGACCUGCUAAUUUCAAAUGUAUUUCUGGUUAUGUACCACGAAAAGACGUGGUGAUGUGCACAGUGACUGUGAGAGACAAUAUAGAGUUCUCGGCAGCUCUUCGACUUCCAAUGACUGUAACAAAAGAUGAAAGAAGAAGGAGAAUUGAUGAGGUCCUUGAACUUCUGCAUCUGGAUGAAGUGGCAAAUGUCAAGCCUAGAUCUAAGGAGCUCAGGAAAAGGACCAGUAUAGCAAUGGAGCUGGUCAUCGAGCAUCCCAUUCUGUUCUUGGAUAAACCUACCACUGGCUUAGACUUGAGGACUACAACUGAUGUCAUCUCAGUCCUGAGAAGGAUUUCUAUGAGGGGACGGACAAUCAUCUUCUCCAUUAAUCAGGCUCAGUACUCCAUCUUCAGAACUUUUGAUAGCCUCACCUUAGUGGCCUCAGGAAAAGUCAUGUAUCAUGGCCCUGCACAAGAGGCACUGGAGUACUUCACAUCCGCAGGUUAUGAAUAUGAUUCCCACAACAACCCUGCAGACUUCUUCCUGGACAUCAUUAAUGGAGGUUUCUCUGCUAUAUUAGACACAGAGGAAGAAGGCCAAGAUGCUGACAAGUAUAAAGAGCAUUCUCAGAGAUGGCACCAAAUCCCCCAAAAAUUAGCCAAUAUGUAUGCCAAGUCCUCCUUAUACAGAGAAACAAGAACUGAACUGGAUUCACUCUUCGGGGAACAGAGGGCAGAGAGGAGCUCAGCCUUGGAGGAGAUCACGUGUGUCACCCCUUUCUGGAAUCAGCUUGGGUGGAUUAUCCAUCGUUCAUUCAAAAAUUUAAAGAAUUUUCAACAAGUCACUAUGAUUCAGGCAAUUGUUGCAGUCCUACUAUCUGUGAUUAUCGGCAGUGCUUUACGUUUCCUACAAAAUGAUUGUCAUGCAGUCCAGAUAAGGUAAGCAAACCUGGAUCCUGAUUUUGAGAAAAUGCUCUCACUUUGUUCAAGCUUAUAUAAACCCAUUAAGAAUUGGAAUCUGGGCCGGGCGGUGGUGG